CAGUCUUCCCUUAUCAGUUCGCUGAGAGCGAGCGAGUAAGCAAGAGAGAGAGAGGAGGAGAGAAAAGAAAACCAACCAGUUUACACUCUGUGGACGGAUUGAGUUCACCAACAAUUCUACCUCAUUGUGUCAGUUCAAAGCAGUAGUCACACUUAACACUAUCUUCUGGUAUUCUUCCGUCAUGUCUGAAGUGUUAUUAUGUCUAAAUGAAGAGCGUUGAACGGUCUCCAAAAACCUCUGGAGAUAUCCACAUAUCUGCUAAGAUCUGAGUGAAGCUACAGAGGUCUCAGAAGAUCUCUGAAAACUGCAAGAAGGCCUAAAGCAAGAAGGGAAGCAAGCAGGGACUAUGUCGAAAGAGACAUCACUGAAAACGGCGCUGCUCAUAGUGAUCUCCAUGAUGCUGGGAGCGUUGCUGUCAUCCCUGGAUAUCGUACCCCCUCUCGACAACGACAGAAGAGAGCCGCUGACCCACGCUGACCUGGAGGGGGAACAGAUACCUUCCUUCCCUCUGGACACCCACAGUCACCCAGAUGAGAUUACUGAGGCACGGCAGGAGGUGCAGGAGGUUCGGGUGCUGUGCUGGGUGCUGACCACGCCAACCUCACACUUGAGCAAGGCAGUGCACGUCAGGGCCACCUGGGGUUCACGCUGUGACAAACUUAUUUUUAUCAGCUCAAAGAAUGACACUGAACUUGGAGCCAUCGAUGUGGGUGUCGGUGAGGGAAGACAGGUCCUAUGGGGAAAAACCAAGGCAGCCUUGACCCACGCCUACAACCUCUACCUUGAAGACUACGACUGGUUCUUCAAGGCUGAUGACGACACGUGA